AUGAAACGGCAUGUAUCUAGACUUAAUAUUUCAGGUAUCCCCAUUCGCACAGAAGUAGUGCUGUACCCUACUCCAGCAGACACAGGGAUUGUCGUCAAUAUCUUGAGAAUAUUGGUCGAAAUACACUGGUGGCUACUGGUAGCCCUGAUGACAGGUGUGGACUGCUUGGUUGCUACCUCGCUAGUCUUAGUGGGAUAUAAAUUCAGGACUCUGGCAGCGUACUUCGGCAGUCUCCGGCAGAAGUAUUUGCAGCGCUCGGGCGAAAACUUGGAUGUUUUAGAGAAGGAUUUCCGCAAAGAUUUCAUCGCAGGCAUCAAAUUUCAUAAAGAAAUAUUAUGGAUCCAGCGUUACCUCCAAUACGCUUUGGGGAGCACGUACAGCAUUCAAAUCACUGAAAGCCUCUUAUUGCUGUCAAUAACAAUGAUCAAAAUGGUGGCAUUGGAACGCAAUUCAACCAAUCUCAUCGCAAACUUCAGCUAUAUAUCGUGUGUGAUCGCGUUAACGGGAGCCUACAUGCUGUCGGGUGGUAAUAUCAUGAUUGAGGCUGAGAAAAUUCCUAAGGCGAUAUUCUACUCAGGCUGGGAGUUCACCCGUUCAGGCAAGCGCCUGCGCUCAUUGAUUGUGGUCACCAUCAUCCGGAGUCAAGUUCCCGUCUUCAUGACUGCUUUUGGAAUUAUUAUGCUGUCACAUAAUAAUUUUAUUUUGAUUCUCAAAAACUCAUAUUCAUUCUUUGCUGUAAUGUAUUAG